AUGGGCACUCCCACCUCUGUCGAGCGUUCCUCGCUCUCGUUCGUCGCACCGGUCGGCCCGAACCUUCAAAAGAUGCCGUCCCCAGCCCCCGCUGCAUACUACGACGGACUCAAGUCUCCCGGUGAUCUCGAAGGUGGGGCUCUUCGACCUGACGGCCCUCCGUCUUCGCUGUACUCGCGUCAGAAUCUGGGACUGGCCGCGCACCAGAUUUCCGUCGCCAUCGUCUACGGCUCCAUCUCCGGCGUCAUCUACUCCGUCUUGAAUAAUUAUUUGAAUCUCAGCGCCGUGCUGGUGGCGACCGCGACCGCGGUGGUGCGAGUCCCUCACGCGCUCCGACUGUUCACGGGCCUCAUCUCGGACUGCUACCCGAUCUUCGGCUACCGUCGUCGGUCGUACAUGGUGGCAGGCUGGGCGAUGGCGUUCGUCUGCUGCUUGGUCAUGGCGGUGGUUCCGUUGGGAGACCCGUACUACGGCGAUGCCUCACUCGAGGAUAUCCCUGAGAGCGAGUGGACGGUGGAGCAGCAGGCCACCAUCAACUACGACGCUCCCAAUAAGGGCAUCCACCUCAUCAUCCUCUUCAUCCUGGCCCACCUCGGCACGAUCGUUGCCUACGGAGCUGCCGAUGGGUACUUGGUCGAGCUGGUUCAGCGCGAGCCUGAGGCCAUCCGAGGCUCCAUCCAGACGGACAUCGCCAUUGUCAGCGCUGUGGCGGGGACCUUUUCGUGGGAUAUGGGCUUCGGCGGAGUCAUGGGCGUGUGCGCCGCCUUCUCGUUCGUCACCAUUCCGCUCUGCUGGUUCUCCGUGACCGAGGAGAAGGCCCCAGCACAACCCACCAAGGCCUUCUUCGCGUACCUCUACGACUUCAUGCAGUACCGCGUGAUCUACCAAGUGCUGGCCUUCCGGUUCUUCUACCACAUCUUCUCCAACUUCUCGGUCACCGCGGCCAGCAAGAUCAAGAGCAUCUGGUCGCACGUCGAGCCGCUGAACGACGGCAUCGCUAGCAUGAUCUCCUCCAUCGUGAGCUUCAUUGUGCUGUAUGCGGUGCGGAAAUGGGGGCUCAACUGGAGCUGGCGCUGGGUCGUCAUCGUCUGUCAGGUGCUUGUCGUCUUCAUCGACUGCUUCCCGACGUUCUUCACCAUUUGGGACGUGUACCGCAGUCAAUGGUUCUGGCUCGGUGUCCCUCUCCUGGCCGAGGUUCCGAGCUGUAUCGGCGAGCUGAUCGCGAAGCUCUUCGUCAUUGAAAUCGCUGACCCCGGUAGCGAGGCCACCAUCAUGGGCUUGAUCAUCACUAUCAACAACAUCGGUACACCGUUCUCCACCGUCAUGUACAAGUCCAUCGACUCGCACUUCAGCAUUACGGCGAAGGACCUCAAGAAGGACACGCACGAGGUGCGCUUGGACGUGACGUACGCGUACCUCAUCACCUACGCGUUCAACCUGGCCUCCAUCGUGUUCGUGUACUGGCUGCCGCGGCAAAAGGAGCACGUCCACGAGCUGAAGCGCACGGGAGGGAAGAGCAAGAUCAUAGGCAUUCUGACCAUCUGCGACAUCCUCUUCGGCUUCGUCUGGGUCGUCCUGACCAACGCGCUGACUCUGUCGACGUCCACGAGCUGCCUGCGUAUUGCCGGCGGAACGGGCUGCUAA